AUGGCUCGCUUGUACGUCGGCAACCUGGAUCCCCGGGUGACCGCUCGGGAGCUGGAGGACGAGUUCCGCACGUUCGGUGUUCUUCGAAGUGUUUGGGUUGCUCGGAAACCACCUGGCUUUGCAUUUAUUGAUUUUGAUGAUAAGAGGGACGCUGAGGAUGCAAUCCGUGAUCUAGAUGGCAAGAAUGGAUGGAGAGUUGAGCUAUCUCGCAAUGCCAGCAGUGGUCGAGGUGGUCGUGACCGGUAUGGUGGGUCUGAGUCCAAGUGUUAUGAGUGUGGUGAGACUGGUCACUUUGCUCGUGAGUGCCGUUUGAGGAUUGGUUCUGGAGGUCUAGGCAGUGGAAGGCACCGAAGCCGUAGCCGUAGCCGUAGCCGCAGUCGCAGUCCCAGAUAUCGCCGGAGUCCAAGUUAUGGUAGAAGGUGA